AUGACAACACCAUCAUCAUCAUCAUAUGCAACAACAGUUUGUCCAGUUGCACAUAAUAUUAAUGGAACAAAUACAGAAAAAAUAUUAAAUAUUGAAGAAAUUGAACAAUUUACAAAUCCAUUACCAUAUAGUGAAGUUCCAGGACCAAAACCGAUACCAAUAUUAGGGAAUACAUGGAGAUUAAUGCCAAUUAUUGGACAAUAUUCAAUAGCUGAUAUUGGUAAAUUAUCAUUUUUAUUACGUGAAACUUAUGGUGAUAUUGUUAAAUUUAGUGGUCUUAUGGGAAGACCAGAUCUUUUAUUCAUUUAUGAUGCUGAUGAAAUUGAAAAGUGCUAUAGAAAUGAAGGACCAACACCAUUUCGUCCAUCAAUGCCAAGUUUAGUUAAAUAUAAAAGUGUUGUAAGAAAAGAUUUCUUUGGUGAUUUACCAGGAGUAGUUGGAGUACAUGGUGAACAAUGGCGUGAAUUUCGUUCUCGUGUUCAAAAACCAAUAUUACAAUUAUCAACUGUUAGACGAUAUUUGGCACCAUUAGAAGAAGUAACAGAAGAAUUUAUAUUAAGAUGUCAACAAUUAUUAGAUGAUAAUAUGGAAUUGCCAGAUGAUUUUGAUAAUGAAAUUCAUAAAUGGUCACUCGAAUGUAUUGGUCGUGUUGCACUUGAUACACGUUUAGGUUGUUUAAAACCAAAUCUAUCACCAGAUUCUGAACCACAACAAAUAAUUAAUGCAGCUAAAUAUGCAUUAAGAAAUGUUGCAACAUUAGAAUUAAAAGCACCAUAUUGGAGAUAUUUUCCGACACCAUUAUGGACAAAAUAUGUUAAUAAUAUGAAUUUCUUUGUAGAAGUAUGUAUGAAAUAUAUUAAAGAUGCUAAACAGAGAAUGAAAUCAAAAGAUCAAGAAAAAUUAAAUGAUGUUGAACCAUCUUUAUUAGAGAAAGUUAUGAGAACUGAAAAAGAUGAUAAAAUUGCAACAAUUAUGGCAUUAGAUUUAAUUUUAGUUGGAAUUGAUACAAUAUCGAUGGCAGUUUGUUCAAUUCUAUAUCAAUUAGCAAUUCAUCCAACUGAACAAGAAAAAUUAUAUGAAGAAUUAAUAAAAAUUUUACCAGAUCCAAAUAUUCCACUUACAAUAUCAUUAUUAGAUAAAAUGCAUUAUUUAAAAGCAUUUAUUAAAGAAGUUUUUAGAACACAUAGUACAGUUAUUGGAAAUGGUCGAACAUUACAAGAAGAUACAAUUAUAUCUGGAUAUAAAAUUCCGAAAGGAGUUCAAGUAGUAUUUCCAACAUUAGUAACUGGUAAUAUGGAAGAAUAUGUUACAAAUGCAAAUGAAUUUAAACCGGAACGUUGGUUAAAAUCAAAUCAAGGUGGUAUUGAUGGUAAAUUACAUCCAUAUUGUAGUUUACCAUAUGGUUUUGGUGCUAGAAUGUGCUUAGGUAGACGAUUUGCUGAUUUAGAAAUGCAAGUGUUAUUAGCAAAAUUACUAAGAAAUUAUAAAUUAGAAUAUCAUCAUAAGCCUUUGAAAUAUGCAGUAACAUUCAUGUAUGCACCGGAUGGGCCACUCAAAUUUAAAAUGAUGAAACGAUAAAUUUUUAAUUUUUUUUCUGUUAUUUUUUGUAUCAGUAAAAUUUUUUAUUUUCGAAAUUAUUAAAUACUUAAGAAUAAUAAAAAUAUAGCUAAAAUUUAUUAUAAUAUGAAUAAGAAAUUAUAUUAUAGGUUAUCCAUGCAAUUAAAUAUUAAUUAUUG